AGGAAGGGAGGCGGGGCAGUGCUCGAUUCCAAGCUCCUCCUCGUCCUCGUCCUCGUCUCGGCGAUUGCGUUGCGUUGCGUUGCCUGGAGCUCCAUUAACGAUCACGCCCUCUCUCGCUCUCUCUCUCUAUCUGUCUUUGCUUCGUCUGGGGUUUCCGAGCCCGAUCGCUCUGUCGUCUACAACUCACCCUUCCCCUUCCCUUCCCCGUUGCGAUUGCACUCUGCCACCAUGGCAGAAGAGCAGUAUGCGCAUCCUGGAGUAUGCCUGUUCACAGUGCUAUUUAAGUUUUCAGCUCUGGGGUUUUACAUUAUGUGCUCGAUUUUUAUUGAAAGCUUCGUGAUCCAAUUUGUGGUCACGGUAUUCCUGAUAGCAUUGGAUUUCUGGACCGUCAAGAACGUGAGUGGUCGAAUUUUGGUGGGACUGCGGUGGUGGAAUGAAGUGGAUGAGCAAGGUCAAAGCGUGUGGCAUUUUGAGUCUUUGGACCAGCAGACCUUGGAGACGUUGAACAAGAAAGAUGCUUGGCUAUUCUGGUGGACGCUGUAUCUCACUCCUGUGGCGUGGGUGGCGCUUGGGAUAGUUGCUCUUAUUAAGUUCAACUUUGACUAUCUGCUCGUAGUUGGGGUUGCUAUAAUCCUGAAUGCAGCCAACAUUGUGGGUUUCACCAAGUGUCGGAAAGAUGCGAAAAAACAGAUCCAGCAGUUUGCUACGUCAACUUUGACCUCCCGGAUGGGCAACACGAUCCAAUCAGCUUUCAUGUCAAGUGUCUAGUUGUGGGUGAUGAUGCACCGAGUUUCGGCAUUCACGUUGCAGAAAGAGAAUGUAGGACAAUUCGUUACUUUGGUAAAAUUGAUUUCUUCUUUACUAUGAGGGCCUGCAUUGAACCCUGUGGACCUGGGUCAAUUGGCACAACGUUUCAUGUGACGGAUGUGAAGUGUGACAGGAGCACGAGAGUGGUGUAUUAGGUAACAUUUAUAUGUCUGUACCAAAGACGUGAGGUGUACAAUGGUAUUAUUAGCUGUUCUGGCAGGGUUUUUGUACAGCAAAUUUGCUGUAGCAUUUUCUUUUUGUAUUACAAAGAUAGAUGGAUUACCAGCAGAAAUCCUAGGCGUGGAUUGGCACAGAUUCAAGCCAUCGCCUAGAAUGUGAGGUUCACAGCUAGGAGUGAACAGUUGGACGCUUUUACUUUCCUCAGUUUGCAUUCUUGUUUAGUGUUUGUACGUUAUUGCAAUGAGUCGUAUAUUA